AGCCGCGGUGUUGGAAGAGAGAGAGAAUCUGCGUCGUGCUUUGCUCGUGCUCAACACUGUGGACCCCCCUCUCUCCGGCGAGGCAGCCCAUGCGAGAGGGGCAUUGUUGAUGGAGUUUCUACUUUUUUGUUCGGUUUGUUUACAAAUCCCUCGUUGUUGACAAUUUCAUAUCGUCUGACUCCGAGGAGGACGGCAGCAAGCGGAGGAGCAACAGGUACGAAGACUCCCGUUCGAACGAGACCACCGUGUUUUUUUCUCGCUUUGACCCGUAAACACGGAGGCAGCCACCAUUCGGCCAAGCAGCGCUUGUCCUUGCCAGCUGUGCUGCAGCUCGCACCCGCUGGACCAACAACCGGCUGCCGCUAGCCCAGUCGCCCUGGCAGUCAUGGAUCGGGACUACACCGCAGCCUACCACUUCGGGAUGAGCCACGCGGGGGGGCUCGACCCCUCGGAGCUGAAGGUGGGCGGAGGAAGCAUGGGGCCGCCCCACCACCCUCACCAUCCGGGCCACCACCUGACCUCGAGCCACCACUCGCCCAGCUCGAACGCCGCCUCCAACAACCACCAGGGGUCCCAGCACCACCAGGGCAUGGGCCCCAACAGCAACGGCAACAGCAACCAGGGCGGCGGGAACCAGGGCGGCAACACCGCCAGCAGCAAGAAGGACAUCGAAAGGGUCAAGAGGCCGAUGAACGCCUUCAUGGUGUGGUCAAGGGGUCAGCGGCGCAAGAUGGCCCAGGAGAACCCCAAGAUGCACAACUCCGAGAUCAGCAAGCGCCUGGGCGCGGAGUGGAAGUUGCUGUCCGAGGCGGAGAAGCGGCCCUUCAUCGACGAAGCGAAGCGACUGAGAGCAGUGCACAUGAAGGAACAUCCAGACUACAAGUACAGGCCACGGCGGAAGACCAAGACCCUGAUGAAAAAGGACAAGUACCCUCUGACAGGUGGUCUGCUGCCGGGCGAUGCCAGGAGCCCCACGGCCUCCGUGCCCCAGGUGAGUCGCGACAUGUACCAAAUGAACGGCUACAUGCCCAACGGCUACCCUAGCAUGAUGCAUGAGGCCGCCCACGCCUACCAGCAGCACGGCUACGGCUCGCAAAUGCCCAACAGUGGACUGUACUCGCGGUACGACAUGUCGCAAAUGCACAAUCCGAUGACCACGGCGGCCUCUUCGAUGCCCGUGCCCUACAUGAACGGCGGCUCGAGCUACUCGGUCCCCAUGACGUCCUACUCGUCCAUGCAGUCGGCGGGGCAGCCCAUGGGGGGCCCCAUAAAGGCCGAGUCCAGCCCCGGAGGACAGAGCAGCAGCCCCGGUGCGAUGGCGACGGCCGCAAUAGCCGCCGCGUCCCGCCGUGGCUGCACCAGUGAUCUACGGGACAUGAUCAGCAUGUACCUGCCCGGUGAGUCCGGCGACCCGAACGCUGUACAGAGCAGGCUACAGAUGCAAACGCAUUAUCCGGGCACAGAAUCCCUAAGUUCCGGGACUUUGCCUCUCACGCACAUGUGACUCUAGGACUUUUAACACAAGACAUUUUUCGCGCGUCGACAACCUUCACAGUGGACUCCCCAAACACACGAACUCGCGUUUCUGUGGAACUUGCAACAGCAGAAACGGACUGAAACUCGUGCACACGAAUCGCUGGAGGACGAGGCACCACCCCAGACGAUUAAGCGAAUACGCGCUCGGCAUGCAUGCAUGAGAAAUUUUAAUGGAUACGAGUCAACAGGUGCCAAAUACUCAAAAUGGGCUGGAAAAAAUAUGGAAGCGAGAGUGUAGCUAUUCC